AUGAUAAAUGUCGUACCUUACGACAACUUGUUUGCAGCACAGACAGUACGCAACGAAAGCGCGCUACUACUGGCGACUCUGGUCCGGUCUCCUGCUGGUCAUCUGAGGCCAAGCUUUGAGACAGAUCCAGCUCGAUGGGAACUCAUGCGGCCCGUACUCGAGCGCAUGUAUGUUCAGGAGGGUAGAGAGCUCAGCUACAUCAUUGCCAGGCUGCAUGAGGAAUAUGGGUUUACUGGCACUGUCCAGCAGUACAAAAAGCGUUUUAGAAAGUGGGGCUUUCGGAAAUAUAGUACCCAAGAUGAUAUUCGGGAGGUUUUAAGCCAGGACAAUGGAAGCGCGACCCUGUCGUCUGGCUAUGUCAUCGCCAAAUCUGGUCGAAGGAUCAAUAUCAGAAGUGCUCGUCGACAUGCUAAAAGGAGGAUCUCCUCCUCACAUGAAGUACAGCAGCCACGAUCACAAUCGGAUGUCCAACGGAGCCCGCCGGCUGAAGCACUAGAGAUCAUGUCGCAGUACAUCACUACCAUGAGCAGCGAUCAGGAGUUUGAGAUUGUUCUUCGUUCCAUCCGUGGGUAUAUGGAAGGCAACAUCACGUCUGGCUUAUGGCGUUCCGAUUGCCCUGGAUCACACCUCAUAUCGGGAAAGGUCCUCACCGGACAUGAGACCUGGGAUCUUGGCAAUAGCAUCUUCGAUAUGGGGACUGCAUUCGUCCACCAGCAUGUUGACGCCGCAUUCGCCCUUGCUUCGCGCAUUUGCCACAACAUGAAGGCAUUUUUACUCGCCGAGACCCCUUCACUUGUCCGAGAUCUCACUCGACUAGCCGCCGUUCUUGUGCACGCUAAUAUCGAUCUGGCUCACAGAGUCCUGUCAUAUGUCUCGCAAUUGACGGCACUAGUACUACACAAUGACGACCACCCGCUGAGGCGCUUAACGAGAUACUUAAUGACCACCUGCAAUGCAUCGGCAUCGAUAGUCACGACCGACAGGGUUUAUGAUCUGGUCUAUGAUGAGUACUGCAGACUACUGGGCCAGUCGCACUACGAAGCGCUUCGCAUGGCUAGACAGGUACGCCGAUAUGAUACGCCGGACUCAAUUUGGAAGGUAGAGCAGCUGUUGACGGUCUUGGAUACGGAGCAAGGUCAAGGCAAUGAAGUGAGUUUUCAAUGUGUGGCCACCUUAUAUUGGGCAGCCAUGAACAUCAAUGAUUUUGUCCAGGCCUGUUUCUGGGCCGAACAAGCCGAGAGCCGCGCAGAUGCGGCAAGUGUGGUCUUCCGAGCUCAGUGGCGAUACUGGGCGUCGAGGUACCGACAUAGUAUAUGCUAUGCCACUGAAGACUAUCACAAGGCGGAGCUGGAGCUUGUGCAUCAUAUGCUUCCGAGAGCUGCUCAAAUUCUCUCUGAAGAUUCCUUGUUCCAAGAAAAGUUCAAGGUCAUCGAUGUCCUACAGAAGCAAGGCAAAUAUGAGCAGGCCGCCGCGCUCACGAGGGAGAUGAAGAGGACCAGCCGUCGCAUUCGUGAGGAGGUCAAGGUUUAG